AUGCCUGCUCCCCGAAGAAAGAAUCUCAUUGCUAGUAGACGCAGGCGACAAGACGAUGGUGAAGAAGAUGAUUCUGUUGUCGGUGACUUUGACGAUGACUCACUGAGUGAAGCCUCUGCAAUCAGCAAUGGCGAUGGCCCGGAUGCUGUGGGCAGUGAUUCCAGUGAUGACGGACAAGAAUUGGUGAGGCAUGAUCAACAAUCUGCGACAAAUGUUGCCAAACACGAGCAUGACGAAUUGAAGCACCCGGUCCUAGCACCUGAAAAUCAAUCCGCGGUAAAUGGCAAUUUCAAACCGUCGGCAGAGACUCAAGCUCUACUGCAUGGAGUCAAAAGCUCUGCAGAGUCACAGUCCAUUGAGGAGAUUCAUUUCAAUGAUCUGCCCCCAUCGAAUGAGAGUGCUCCAGCACCAAGUCAAGUAGCUGUGCCAACUGCUCCCCGAAAUGAGACCUUCGCGCAAAGAGCUCGCCGAGAACAUCAAGAAUACAUUCAACAACGGAAUGCCAACCCGGCCUUUGUUCCCACAAGAGGUGGAUUCUUCCUUCACGACGAUCGAAAUGCCGGUGCCAAUGGUCCUUCAAGAGCUACUAUACGUGGACGGGGGCGCGGCUAUAGCUCGGUGUUACAAGCAGGACGAGGUGCCAGUUUCAACGAACCCACGGACAAGCCUUGGGCGCAUGACCUACAUGAACGGCACGAAGCUGCACCCAAGCCAGACCCCAAUGCAGUCAGGAGUCUUGGUGACCAUGUAGAAGAAAAGGAUAGUAAAUCACCUGCUCCUGGAGCACCCAACAGAUCUUUCUCUUUUGUUACCGUGCGGGGAAAUGUCACAGUUCAAAUCUCGAUUCCUGGCAUGGAGCAAAAGAAGUUGGUUUCCAGUGUGGUCAAAAGGCAACAUACCCUCCUUCCACAGCAUCGACCACCUUUGAGAAGGGAUAAGCCUGUCAGAGUCUCCAUUCCAGACGAGGCACCACGAUACAUUUUCCCGAGCACCGAAAGGUCUUUCAUUUUCAUUCCUCGGGCACUGCGACCGAAUCAGCAAUAUGCUCGUGGACGUGGAAGGGGGAGUUUCCACGGAAGUCGUCGGCCAAGUAUGUAUGGAAGUGCAUACACUCCAAGCAUUGCUAUGAGUCGAAAAUCGUCGCUCGGUGGCUCAACCGUUAUGCGAGACGGAGUUCGAUCACCAGCCGAAUCGGUCAUGUCUCGUAUGGGUAUUCCUGGUGUGGAGGUCCCUCGGCCGAUUGUGAGGAUGCCAUCAGCUGUACCUACGCCGACCUUAUCUCGCACUGGCUAUCCUUUGAUGAAUGGCAACGCUAACUUGGGCAUGUCACCGAGCCACAUUUUUGCCCCUACAGCUUACGGAAGCCAUUCUACGGCGAUUCCCAUGCAUCAGCCUCGGCCUCAGAAGACGGUGUCUGUCGCCGAUAUCGAGUCACCAAGGACAUUCCCUUACAAGGCACCUCUCCAACAGCUUGAGCAACCGUUCCAUCAUCAAGUACCUCCACAUAUGGAGGAGAGACCAGCUCAACAACAGACGAUGAUUACAGCCGCUGGACCUACACCUCUGUCGCAAAUUCCCGAAGGUGCCGUCUAUGCUCCAGGAUUUCAGCCAUACCCUGCGAUGGGUGGGCCUCCAUACUUUGGACCCAGCUAUGGCAGUGGGCCUGUGUUCUAUCCACCUGUUGCCGAUGGCACAGCGUAUGGUGUCCCUAUGGGCGGAGGUUCGGCUCUGGCACCUAACUUUGUACCUGGAUCUCAAGCUCACCAUGGGGGUUACCUCGGGGCUUCGACACUUAUGGAGAGCGGAAUACCACCGAACAUGGUAGCUCACGAAUCCAACGGGAUGGUCUACUACUACAAUCCACCCAUGUUCGCACCUGGAUCACAAGGCGGAUUUCCCGUGGCUGCCAAUGGACACAUGGUGCCAAUGAACAAUGGUAUCCCUGGACAGCAGCAGCCAUUCUACUACUCUUCGAUGCCCACUGGCAUGUUCUAUCCAGGACAGACCGGUUGA